AUGGGACAGUCACAGAUCCUUGAGGGCUUAUCUACAACUAAUAUAGGCCCUGCUGUAACAUCCGUGCAGUUCCAAUCAUCUGGUUGCUCAACUUCGGUUCUCUAUCAAUCUACUGUAACACCAACGUUUUACACCUCAACUGGAUCUCCAUUUCACAGUAAUGGGGCAUUUCUACCUCCGGCUGUCGAUGAUCGCAAAGAAUAUGUGGCUGUGUUGCCAGCCGGUGUUCAAAUAAACGAUGCUUCGGGGCUAAUACCAGCAAGUGGGAGAGGCACUCUCGCAUCGGUGGGAACAGUUGAUACUGCUAGCUCUGUUGCCCAGCUUACCGCAGUCCCACUUUCUCAUGUUCAGUUGGCACCAGUACAGCUGGCUAAUGAUGGGCAGUCAAACACUCAGCAGCAAAUAAUUUAUGAACAUUACUAUGUUGAUCAGCAACACCCAUCAACUUCGUCAACGAUCAAUGCAACUUCACGUGGUCUUCUAUCUGAAACCACGUCAUCUGGAGCUGAAAAUGGCAAAGAUUUUGCAAAUAAAAGCGGUAGCAGCGAAACAUGUUCACUGAGUGGGUCUGAUACUGCUGCGGCGCUGCAAUUAAAACGGCAAAAGCAGGCGGACGCAGCACGCCAAAGAUAUCAACGAAUGACUUUGGAGGAGCGGAAGGAAGUAAAUCAGAAGCGGACUGAAGCACAGAAGCGUAAACGACAAAAGGACAAAGAAUUGGAGGAAUUGGAAUCACUGCUGCGACAAUCAAAAGAUAUAGAAGAUGAUCCAGCUAUAAAUGAACAAUUGAGGGAAAAACGAAUCCGUGCUCGACGUGCAGAGGCAGCUCGGUUGCGUUAUCAAAGGAUGAGCUCGGAAGAAAGACGUGCUUACAAUCAAAGAAGACGUUUUCGACAACUUGGCAUUCAAGGGGCAAAGAAGAACGGCAUGGAUGAGGAAAAGUUGCGGCAACAUAUUAUCGAACAAAAUGCUAAAAAGGCCGAAGCAGCAAGAUUGCGUUAUCAUCGAAUGACUGAUGAAGAGAAACGUCAGUACAAUCAAAGACGGACAGAAGCUUUUCGUCGCAGACGUAUCGAGGAAGAAAUCUUGCUCUCGACUCCAGCAGGUCGUAUAAGCGCGGAGGCUCUGAACAGAGCACAACAAAUAAUGUUACGUAAUGCGAAACGAGCAGAAGCUGCUCGAUUACGAUAUCAAAGAAUGACACCAGAACAGCGACGUGCAUAUAAUCAGAAAAGAUCUCGUGCAAAAAAAGAACGCGAACGAGUAAUGCGUGCAGCAUCAGAGGACGCCAUGUCAAGUUUAUCAUCAUCUAUAAAUGGAAAUGAAAGUUCAACACAAGUUAACAGUAGUAACACUGCGGUGGAACAAAAACCAAUAAUUGAUAGUGUGGUCAGCGAAGAGGUAUUAUCUACUCUGGAAAGAGACGUGCUGAAGCGGACGCGACAAGCCAAUAUGGUGCUAAUGCGACAAAAAAGACUUCCACCUCAGGAACAAUUCGUUAUUGUGAGUACAAAUCCUGAUGGCACUCAAACGGUUAUCCCAGCAACGACUACUGAGGAUGGCAAACAAAUAUUUCACAUUCCUGCUACAGCAACAACAACGGAGGAUGGCAAACAAGUAUUUCAUAUUCCAGCGAUAACACAGCAACUUAUUAGUACUGAUCCGAAUACUCUGACACUGGUUGAUGAUUCGAGUAAACUAUUAGGAACCGCACAGCAGCCACUGCAGAUAACAUCAGUACCGCAACUUCUCGGUUUAUCACAGCAGCAGCACAGCAACAGCCAUGAUCACGGAGAAACGUCGCAUCAAGUUGCGAUGACUCAGCAGCAACAGAUAAUUCCUCAACUUGCCGAAUUACACAAUGUACAGGAAGGAGGAGGUGGUGCGGAUGAAGCGCAACAUACGGCGCGCGAAAAUCAAGUUGAUGCCCAUGGCCAAAUACAAGCACAUCAGCAACAAAGUUCACAGCAGCACAUGCAACAACAGACACAACCGCAACAUAUUAUAGUAACUUUGCAAGAACAUCAGCAACCUAUGCAACAUCAGAUAAUUGUCACCGAUUUGAAUCAAGCAACUGGAGCCGUUCUUUCAAGCAUGGGUGGACAUGGGCGUUCACGAGGUCGUCCUCCGAUGUAUGCUGCUGCUGCUGCUGCAAUUCAGCAGCAACAAGGCAGUGUAAUGCUACCUCCAGGACAGGUCACAAUAACAGCAACACCGAUGAUAAGCGAGGCGGAAAUAAAACCGCCAUAUCGAGUAACUGCUCCACGUCAUAUGAAUACAGCUCCGAGUAGACGAGAUAUUUUGGCGGUUGCGACUGCAGCAUCAGUUGGCCCAACAACAGGAAUUUCGCCUGAACAAAAAUUAGAAAUACAAAGGGCAAAGCGAGCAGAGCGGGCAAGGUUACGCUAUCACAAUAUGUCUGCUGAAGAACGACGCAAUUUCAAUGCACGUCGUGCUAAAGCUUUGCGGACAGCUCGUAUGAGAGACGAUGAACUAUGUCGAAUGGCAGAAAGAGCUCAAAUGUCUGGAACUACUUUGGACGCAGAUUUGAUGAUUCAGGUUGCGGAGGCGCAGCGCCGUCGUGCGAAGAGAGCAGAAGCAGCUCGAUUAAAGUACCACAGAAUGAGCAGUGAAGAACGACGUCAAUAUAAUGCGAUGAGGGAUGCGCAAAGGCGCCAAAGAAAAAGACAAAAAGAAGAACAAGAACUGCUCGAACGUGAGCGUCAGCAACAGGAACAACAGCAACAACAACAGCAAAAUGAAAUUCAUCAGGAGACCCGUGAACAGGAUGCAAACCGUGAAGGUAAUAACGAACAAAUUCUUUAUGACUCAUAUAUUCGCUAUGAUAGUCAAAUGGAUCAUGGAUGGGCAGUACAAAGUUGA